AUGAUGCAUACUACUAUCUCUACUACAGAUAAGGUAGACCUUAAUAGUCGAAAAAAUCAUCAAAGUAACAAUAUUGAUACAUCGCAAUUGUUAAAUUCAUCCUUUUUCUACUCUGAGUCUGUUAAUGUUCUUGAUCAUUCACGUAGCUUCAGAAAUUCUUUGAUAUUAAGAGAAAUGUCUGAUUUUAAUAUAAAUGAAUCUUUGAAGCAACCUUCUAGUAAAUCUUUUGAGGAUGGUGCUACUACUAAUUUAACUACUCCAACAUCAAUAAAUUCUAUAAAUAAUAAAUCUAAUGUUCAAAAAUCAAAAUCAUCUUUAAGCAACACACAGAUGACUGCAAAUAAUUUUAAGAUGAGAAAGAAUGAGAUUAAAACAGCUAACAUAACGGCAUCCCCAUCACUUAGUGCAUUGGCUGAUCUUUUAAAUGAAAAAUCUAAAAAUGCUGACAGAAGAAUGAAAAACUCAUUAGCAAAUUAUUCUUCUAUAUCAGAAGAACUAGAAGAAGAAAACCACGAAACAAACAUGCAAAAUAAUAACAAUGAAACACUUAAUAGUAACAAUCUUGGAUAUUCCCAAGCAAAUCAAAAUUUUUCGCCCAAUUUAAUUGAUUUGAAUGACGAACAGCCCUUAAAGAGCAAUGUAUUUAUUCCAAAUAUAAAUUCAACUAACAGAGACCAUUUAUCAAUUGAACAACCAGACUUUUUGACAACUCCAGUUAUAGAACAAAAACCAAAUAAUAUGUUAGAUAAUAACAGUAAUAAAAGUAUAAUUGAAACUAAUUCAGUAGCAUAUCAAGAUUCAAAAUAUUCAUCUGAAGAAAAUAAUUCACAAAGCACAAAUUAUAGUAACGAAUCACACACACACGACACAAAUGAAUCAUUAGAUGAAUUAGUAGAAGAUGAUAAUAGUACUUUGAUUGAUGAAUCAGGUAUUAUGCCUCAAAAUAACGUAAAUCCAAAUUGGAGUAGAGUAUUAGCCCAUCAUAAAAAUAGCAAUUUUAGAACAAAUAAUAUCACUUCGAAAAAUAGUACCUUAUUAGAUGCUGGAAAAUCUCUAUCUUCUACACAAACUACCAAGGACAAUUCUGGUAAACCAGCUAGGAAAAAACCUAUUAUCAAAUCUAAACCUAUAAAUCAAAUAAAAACUGAUGAUAAACAGGAAAAGCAAAAGAAAAGAAGAAGCAUAUUCUCGUUUUUUCAAAAGAAACCAUCGAAAUCUAAAAGUAGUCCACAAAAUAUGAUAAGAAGUGUAUCCUUACAAAAUGAAUACGGUACAUUGGGAAAGAAACAAACCUCUUCAAGAAGGAUUGUGACAACGACCUCACCAAUACUAGGAAAAGAGGUUGAAUCCACUAAUAAUAUAUCUGACACAUAUAUCAAAAACAAAAACAAAAGCAUCAGUGAAAGCAUAUCUACUCAAAGUCCAAUUUAUGACAAUAAAGACGAUAAUUCGGACAUGGAAAGUAAACAGAGUAAUAUAGAAAAGUUACAAGAACCAAUAUCAUUACCUAAACAGAGAAAAUUACAAGAGGAAUCAAUUGUAAAGGAAAAUUUAAGAAGUAUCACACCUUUAGAUGUUAAAAAUGCUUUAAACAAAGGAGAUAUGAUAACAGAUUCUUCAUCAUCAGAAGAUAUAUUUGCUAAUAAAAGCUUGGUAAAUGAACUGCAGCCACCAAAACUUUUAUCACCAUCUAUUUCUGAUCAUGUAUCAAGGAGGGACUCCGGGGAAGUUCAUUUCCCUAAAUCUCUUGAUAAGGAAGAGAUUGACUAUAUCACACAAUUAGAGAGAAAUAGAUCGAUUAGAUCAAGCACAAAAAGAAGAUCAAUAGACACUUUAUCUAUAAAGGCACAAAAUGAAGGUAUGACAAUAUAUGAACCUUCUGAUGUGGUUUUGGCCACUCCUGAUUUAAGUAAAAGUCCGACAAGCAGUAUUUUAAAGAAUAUUGGAACUUUUGAUAGUGAUGGAUUGAAUUAUGAACUUUCUUUGGGUUCUAUUGAAGAAAAAUUAAACGAAUUGAGCUUGGCAUUUGAUGAAGAACCGGAAGAAAUGUUAAAUUUGAACAAUCAAAACACACUUUUUGUGACAUCCGAUCAAAAUAAAGAAUCUUUGAAAAAUCACAAUGAAUAUAGUGCUACGAUGGAUGAAAAAGAAGACGAUGAUUUAAUGAAUGAUAUUAUGGAGUUUGCUAAUAUAAUUAACUUUGGUGAUGGUUUAAACCUUGAUUUAGAUCUAAAUAUUAAUAAUGAUUCUCUAAAUGCAUCUAAUAAUCAGAAAAAAACAUUUAACCCUAAGGUUAUAAAAAGAGAAAAUUCACCUGAAAAAGCCAAUAUUAAUAGUGGUGAUAUAGAUUUUAAUAAUAAUAUUACUUUUCAAAAUUCAGGAUUGGGUUUACAAUUUAGCAAUGGAGACAUUGCCGUUAACAACAGUGCUUAUGAUAAUGAUAACAUUGAAAUACAAUAUGGCACAUCUAUCCUAGAAACACCAGAGAUUGUAGAAACAGAGGAUUUUAAUAACGAAACCUUUAGUGCGAUUGAUUUCAAGAAUAAAAUAAAACAAAAUAUGAAUUCAAAUCAUGCUACUAUAACGUCACCACAUAUGGAGGAAUACAUAGCUCAUAAUUACUCUACUAUAGAGAGACCUAUAUCUAUGUCUUUUAAAGGUUUGUUGGGAAAUACAAUGGGUAAUUCUUUGUCUUCACUUAAUACAGAUAUACCGAAUUCUAAUGGAAAAGUGAAGUUUUCUUCAAAGAUUAUCUUAUAUGAAACCUAUGAUGAGUUUGAAUAUGAUAGACAUCCAAAUAUUAGUACUUGUAACCAAUUGACUCCACAAUUAGCUCAAAUGAUAAAAGCAGAAUUAAAUGAAUUGAAAAGAGAAAUGGAGGUACAUGAAAAUUCAAGAUGUUAUACACAAUUUUUUUAA